AUGGAUGAAGAAGAACGUGACGACGAUUUAGCCAUGUUUCUAUCUGGGAGUGCGGAAAGAUCGAAGAAGAUUCCAUGUCCUGUGAAUAAUAACACUUGGUCUUCUUGGUCAAAAUGGGGAUCUCCAACUGGGAAAGCUGAAUGGUCGGUGGUCAACGGAGACGGGUUUGGUAAACUGAAAAGGUCGUCUUCUUUUGAGCACCACAACAACAACAAUAAUAGCAACGGUGCUGAGGAGCCGGACCUAUCAUGGGUGCAAUCGCUUGUGAAAGAAUCACCACCUGAGAUGAUGAAAAACAAGGCGGCUGCACCAUCCGGUGAGGGUCGUUCACAGGUCGAAUCAAGUGAUCAUUCAGUAUUAGGGGCUUGGCUCGAGCAGAUGAUUGAUUAUAAAACAGACUUUUCCCCUGCUUUUGCCUUGAGAUUUGCUAGCGAUUGGUUGAAGUCGUUGUACACAGAUGCGGAGCUGCUGAGAUUACAAAGUUAAUGAUUUCUCUACAUUGCCUGCAGGGUUAAAAGCCUUGACAACGGCCGCAACAGCUGAAGGAAUUGAAGAAGAAUGUAGAAAACUAUGUGGUGGUCAUUAAUAGUGGGCUACCUGAACUAUUUGCAUUUUAUGUACAUACGAAGGCGAAAAUGUUGUCAUGCUGCUUCAGGUGGUAUUUAGACAUAAAUCAUCUGUUGAAGACAGUCUCUGACCUGGGAAACAAACUGCCAGUUGGGACAGCAGCUUAUCGGGUGACGCCGAAGAAUUGUGUUGUCCAAACUGGUAGAUUAUCUUCUUCGACAAUGGCCUCUUAAACUUGUUUGUUUUUACUUGUAUUGAUUUAGAUACGUAUAACUGGCUGAUGAAACAAUGGUUAACCGGGCAGGGUUAACUCACUGGUCUCAUCAAGAAGGGUUAAUCUCUUCCUCUCGAGGA